AUGAGGAAUCAUCUUGGCUCCUAUGAAUGUAAGCUUUGCCUUACCAUCCAUAAUAACGAAGGAUCUUAUCUCUGCCAUACCCAAGGGAAAAAACACCAGGCCAACCUUGCAAGACGAGCCUACAAGGAAGCAGCUUUGGCUGCUGGAACAUCUACCGGAACAAAUGUCCCUGUUUCUUUUUCCAGAAAGCCAGCAGCAUCAAUUCCAAGAAUCGGACGUCCCGGGUACAGAUUGAUUAAAAUGAAAAAUUCCGUUGAAAAUACUCUUGGGCUUUUAAUCCAAAUCCAUUUCCCUCAUAUUCUCCAGGAUCACUCCUCACCUGUUCUACAAAAGCCUAUCUAUAGGUCACCAUCAAUGCACUUCGAGCGUCAUUUCCCUCAAUUUCCAGGGCACAGUGUAGACAGUACCGCUGAUAUGUUGCCUUACAAUUACAGGAUCAUGCUCGAUUAUUACGAUUUGAAUUCAUCUUCGACCUCCUCAAUAUGCCAGGAAAUUCGAUCUAUCAUCAGCAAUGGAGCUAUUGUCACCUCUCCGCUUUGCACGCCGCAAUCUUCAUAUAUGGUUUCACCUACCUGUUUGCCUACAUCGGCAUCGACCAUAGAGGUACCAUCUUUUUCGGUUGAAUUUGUUUUAAAUGCGAAAAGUUCCUUGAUUGCGUUGUAUCCUAAAGAUCCACCCAAAUCAAUGAAACGGGCAUCUUUACCGCCGCUACAUAAAACCGGUUUGCAAAACAUAGUUCUUCCCCUCCAGCCUAAGCAGAUACCCUCUACGGUUGAUCCAGCUAUCAAUAGAAGCUCGUGCAUGCAUGAAACCAUAUCCUCAUCUCCUGCAGUGCACGACGACGAUCCACUAGAAAUAUUCUUUUCAUCUUCAGAUGAAGAGAAGAUUGAGAUUUGUGAUGCAAUACCUCCACCAAUUGUGCCUCAAAAAAGGAAAAAACUCGUUAGCCGCCCAGUGCAAGUCUUCCAAAAUGGAUAUCUCGGUACUUUCAUCUUUUAA